CCACAAGACGCGGUGGUUUGCCCUACCAAACAUCUUUGGAACUUCAUCGACAGGCACUGCUGGGGCUGCACCUAACGCGCCAGGUCCUGCAUUUGGUGGCAAUGCUUUCGCUUUAAGCGGCCAGAGUAGUCAAAAUCCCACCAACCUUCCAAGUACCCCUGCGCCCACAACAAACGCAUUCCUGGGUGGAAGUGCUGGAUCGACAACGCCUGCAGGGACACCCUCUGCCUUUGGAAGCGGAUCAGGGACGAACAUAUUUGGUGCAGCAAACCCUAUUGGCUUAACUGCUGGAAAUGUGUUUGGAAGUGGCGCACCCUCUACUGGAGGUGGUGCUGCUGCCGGAACAGGCCCUUUUGCGAGCUUCGGAGGCGCCUUCGGCUCAGGUGCUGGCCCCGGAACUACUCCUGCUGCUUCGACUACGGCCGGUAGCAAUACGUUCGGCACUGGGACUGGUUUCCCAACAACUAGCUCGACGGCCACAUCAACCGAGAAUAAGCCAUCCACCUCUCCUUUUGGAGGGUUCAAUGCAUUUACCAAACCUUCUGCAAGCCCUGCUACCGCCACAUCAGCAGCAGCUUCCACUGGUGCCCCAUCAACGAACAUAUUUGGAAGCUCACCUUCAGCAACUAGUUCCACUACUGCGGGAGGGCCGUCACUGUUUAGCACGAGCAAGCCAGCGACUGCUGGCACCUCAACCAACUUGUUCGGGACUUCAUCUGCCACCACGCCUGCAAGUGAGUGGUCUACCUGUUUCCAAUCCCUCUGUCGAUGUUCAAGUAUUCUCAGCAUCAACGGCCGCAGCUACCGGACCUUCGGCGCCAGCGGCUUCACCAAGCCCAUUCGCAGGCUUCCUGAACAAGACUCCUGCAUCAGCACCCUCCACUGGCACAACACCUGCACCCGGCACAUCCGAGUCUACAUCUUCAGCUCCGGCCCCGGCAAAACCUUCCCCAUUUGGAGGGACCUUUGCGUCCUUCGCCCCACCAACGGCUUCGACCACGUCUGACCCAAAAGAUAAGGAGAAAGAGAAGGAAAAGGCAGCUGGGGAUGCCACAACGAAGAGUGAUGCAACGAAGCCGGCUGAGGACCCGAAACCAACGAAUUUUAUGUCGGCCUUCCUGAAGGCCCAAGAAUCGUCCAAAUCUACCUCAUUCACCCCCGGCCCCAGCACGUCUGCUACCCCAGCUACUGCAGCCCCAAGCACCUCAACCGCUCAGCCUGCGGGCACGACGGCUAGUACCACUACAGCACCCGGGCCGCCGCCAUCCAUGCUUCGAGGAAAGACGAUUGAUGAGAUUAUCGCCAAGUGGAACAAUGAACUAGAGACGCAGGUGAAGCAGUUUCACAAGGUGGCAAGCGAAGUUGCAGUGUGGGACCGAGCGUUGAUGGAGAACAGUGAGAAGAUCAAUUUCUUGUUCAAUAAAGUUACGGCAGCGCAAGCGUCGCAAGUGGCGAUUGAUGAGUCUUUGAAGCAUAUUGAGGAGCAACAGCGGGCCUUGAACAAGACCCUCGAUGGGUAUGAAGAAAUUGUAAAACAAAUUCUGAACAAUAGUGGGCGGUCACUGGACCUCGGUCCUGCUGACCGCGAAAGGGACAACAGCUAUGGACUUGCCGCGGGUCUCAAUUCGCAAUUGGAUGAUCUUUCCCACUCAUUGACUUCAAUGAUAGAAACGGUAAAUUCCCUCAGUGCCCCACCUGAUUUUACUUCGGGCGCCCCAUUUUCUGCUGCCGGAGCCGUCGACCCCAUCGCUCAAAUUGAAGCAAUUCUCAAUGCUCAUUUGGGAAGCCUUCAGUGGAUUGAUGGCGCUGUUAAAGAGCUGGAAGUUAAGGUGAAGGAGGUUGAGAUUCAGCAAGAAAGCAGUAGCAGCGAUGGGUUCUCCUCGACGAGUUAUGGUUACACUGGACGUGGGUUUGGGCUAGGGCCAACGCGGCGUUAGGUGUGUUGUGCAUGGACUGGGCUUAUUGAACACGGGGUUGUCCGUGGGCGUACCAUCGUCAGUUGAACAGUAUGAAUAAUAUUUUUCACUAUUUCCUGUGGGA